AACGUGAUAAGAUAUAUACGAAGCUUACAUGUUUAAAUUUAUGUAUUUGUAAUAUAAUUACAUAGUGGGGAAAAAAGCAAAAACACAUAAUGUGAUUAUGACGAAUUAAAGUAAGUGUCAAUACGAAAGUGUGAGUUAACGCAAUUUUCAAACUUCACGAUAUAAAUCUGACUGUAAAUGACUGACCGUUUUUUAUCCGAUCUAACUGCUUGUGAGGAACUUGUUGAGAGUUUUUAAGUGAUCGCCUUUCCGCAUCGAUCCCGUAAAAAAAUGUCAAAUCGUGGAUCCACAGCCUGAUCUUGUCUGAAGAAAACGAUUAACAGUAAGUCGGUCGAUUCAAGCAAUCCAGAUCGAUUCACGACGAAAGUGUCCGUUGGCACGCCAAUCGGCUUUUGCUUGUGAGGAGAGAGAUCCUCGUUAUAUCCUUCUCCGCUGCAAUCUUGGAGCGCAACUUGUUGCAACUGCACAUGGCAUUAGAAAUUACCGCAACUUGAAGAUGUUAUUUUUUUUUUUUCUCGUAAACCUUGACGAACUGAUUUCUCUCUAACUCGAUUUGUGGAAGAUCAACGAACUGCGGAAAGGAAAUAACAAUAGACGGAAAAUAUUUAAUUCGAAGAAACGAAUACGAGACGGAAUUAAUGAAAUAUUCAUGAAGCAUUUUGAGACUGAAUUAUUCAGCGUUUUUGGUGAGAAAGGGAUGACAACAUCGAAUGUUCUCGUUCAUUUCUCGAGAUACUCCUUUGAGAAUUAAAACGACGCACGUGCUACGGUUUCCAAACAAACACUAACAUCCGAGAUAGAAGAAGCAAAAAAAAAAAAAAAAAGAAACUGGCACUUAUAGAAUUAAAGUAAAGCGUCAAACCCCUGAUACGUCAUCUCAAGUAUUUUGCGACAUUUAUUUAUAAAUGUAUUUGUUCUUGCGAGAACAUAAUCAAUAAAAAAAAAAUCAAUACAUUUGCUGUAUCUUAUUUCCACAACGCAACAAAAAAAAAAAAAACACAAAACUGCGUUGCUUCGAACAAAUAUAAAUAGAUUUAUAAUAAUGACAUGAGCAAAACGUGCGACUUGCAACGGCUGCUCCACCGGUUUGAGGAGAGUCAUCUGCGAAAAAUUCGACGAGGAAAGGAAUAAUAAUCAGUGGAGCGUCAUGGGGAACAGCGGAAGUAGCGGGGGUGCAAACAGGAAGGCACGAAGUUUGCCGAAUUCGCCGGAAGCGCACAGACUGCCGUCGCCCUACAAUAAACAAUCGUCGGGAGUUGGCGGCGCCGGAGGUGGCACAGGGGGUAGUACGAGCAUACCCUUGCCCGCGACCGUCACCGCCACCAGGAGAUGUCCCCCGGACAAAGUAAGACCGGCUCCGACACCGACGCAUCAAUCACAACUCGGCGGUCUGAAGCACGGAACCGGCGGAGUGGGCAGCGCGAGCAGUUCCAGGAGCACCAGUCCGAGUCAGCAGCAACCAUCUCAAGGUGGUCUCUCUUUCAUUCCGCAACCCAGAACCCAGAACUCGAAUCGACAACCCGCAGCCACUACUCCGAGUCCUCGAGCGUCAACGGUGGGACGACCCAACGGUGGUCUCAGAACUCAGCAGCAAGCUCCGCUGUAUUCCGGAAACGCUGCUCCAGCGCCGCAGCCUAACAAGAAUUCCGUGCUGGACAAGUUCAAACUCUUCAACAACAAAGAUAAGAAUCAAGAGCGCGGAAAAGCCUGCUCGGGAGUUUCGAAGCGUACUUCGAGCUCGUCCGGAUUUUCUUCCGCUCGAUCUGAGCACUCGGACAGUUCGACUUCUUUGUGCGAUCAGAGCAAAGCCCAAGUUCAAGAGUCGCCGAAGAGCCGCGCGCUCAAGUCGAAACUACAAUCGGCCAAACCGGCGAAGCAGGCAAGUCCGAAAUCGGGCAGAAAGGAACAGAGUAAAACCCAGAGCAAAAUUGCCCGCACGAGUAAAGGUCCGCCAAGUUCAUCGGAGAAACUAACGACGACUUAUAACAAUGCGAUUGUGGAGCAACAAGAUACCAGGAUCAAUAAAGUAGUCGGUACUAAGUUGUCGGGUGAAAGAAAGACGCCGAAUCUUCAGGAAUUAAUGAAGCAACCAGUGCCGCAAUCUCCAAAAUUGAAUUCUUCCGUUCUAACGCCAUCUAGACAAAUCACUUCUCAAGAUACGAAGAGCGUGACUCUGAAGAACGAAGUUCCGACGACAAAAGCCUCGCCCCGACCCAAGAUGGAACUUCCAGGCAAGAUACCAGAUCCCAAACCUUAUUUGCACGGUGUAAAACCGCCACCAAAUGGUCUGAAUAAAGAUAUGAUGAUACAAAAAGCGAUUCUGGCGAACACCAACGGCAUCAUCAAACCGUCCGAAUCGGAGAUGCUCGCUUGCGAGAAUGACGAUUUCAAUCGCACAUUGAGCAUGAAUCAGGCGAACCUAUCGGACGGCAAGGUUCUGAUGUCGAGGGAGCUGGAAGUUUUGGAAGCUAGCCACGAAGAGCAAUCGGGAAUGGAGAACUUUGAUUCACCGUCCAAGAUUCAAAUAUCAGACCGGGACAAGGUCAUUACCGAGGAAGAAGUCGAGUCAGUUGGCGUUUCCAAUGAAAAACAAGGAUCGAUAACUUCUAACCACGUAGAUCAGAUGGAGGAUGCGAAACCAAUGAACAUUGAAGAACAACAACCCACAAGCGAUCCUUCUGCGCAAAACAAUCUGAACUUCGGACCUAACAAACCACUCGCCGGAUCAAGCAGUCCCUUCCACGGUGCGAAUCCGGCUGGUGGCGGCCUCAGUCCGAGUUCCAGUAUCCCGAAGCCUACCGCUCUUGUAAAAGGCACAUCGAAACCGUCGAAAGAGAACACCAUGACCUGUGGCAUGCCGACGCCGACGAAAUUGAAGGGUAGUGACACUCUUCAUCGCAAACUCGACCCAAAUACGGUGGCGAUGGUGUCGCCGAUGCCAAGUAUUUCGGAUCUCAUGUCCGAGAGCUCGCACAGCAACUCCAACAGCACCGGUCAGAGUAACUCUAGCGACAGCAGCGUGAUUUACAGGCCGAGCAGCGAGAGCGGCAGCGAGAUCAAGACGAUUCCUAAUCGAAAGAUCGAUACCACGUUCGAGCAAAUGGAGAAGGUGCUGUCAGAAAGUUCGACUUGCGGCGGUUCUCUAGCGGACGACGAGGCGGAGAUGACAGUGAAACCGAUGCAACCCCUUCUGCGCGGUUACACACCCGGAGCUCGAGGUCUGCAGACUCUGCCGAGUCGCACUGCAGCUAGACAGUACACGGUCUUGCACUCGUCGUCGCAUCAUCAUGUUGGUAGUCACCACGAUUACGCUGACGUGGACAUCGCUUCCGGUUACUUGAGCGAUGGCGAAGUGCUGCGUGGAGGAGGAGGCGGCGGCAUGAACGUCGGCAGUAGAACCCUGUCGGAUUUGUGCGACGGUUAUAUGUCCGAGAGUGGCGCCUCUCUUUACGCGCGCAGAAUCAACCCUUCCUACGGCCACGAGCACGACAGGUACGUCGGCGGUUCGCGGCGAGAGCUGUCGGGGGUGAAGGAACUGGUGACCUCGAGGCGGGUGCAGAAGAGUCGGCCGUCGGGGGUCGCGAGGUCGGAUGGCGGUUGCAUCGGGGGCGCCAGUCCGGGAAGCGGCGGCGGCGGUGGCAGCGUCGCCAACGUCGUCGCCGGCGGUCUUCUAGGCGGCUGCAGCGGCGGGAACGACGCCUUGGCGGAGCUCACGAUCGAGGAGCUGGCCUCCAUUCCUGCCGGAAAUCAUACCUCCGCCAAUCACACGGGACAUCCCUCUCAUCACAAGAGGGUGCCGGGCGGAGGGGGCGUGAUUGUGGGGGGUGGCGGGGGAUCGGCCACCCCCCAAGGGGCGCAGCACGGUAACAGUCACAAUUUGGUGUACCGCGUAGUGGGCUCGCGUGGACACCCCGGUAGCCACCAUCCGCACGUGAAGAAAUCUGACAGUUCUCAACAGACCGAGAGUUCGGCCUUCAAGCAUCAGCAGCAGCAGCAGCAGCAGCAGCAGCAGCAACAGCAGCAGCAACAACAAGGCUCGAACGGUUCCAGCUCCAACAGCCAACAAUGGAAGAAGUACAUAGAAGCGGGCGCCGCGAGGGAGAGAGACAAGGAGGGCGCGCCCCCCAGCCCUAGUCCCUCCAGAAGGUCGCAGGAUAAACAUCGGAAACAGGCCAUGGCCGAAUAUGCGAAUGGCGAGAAACCACAGAAAGUUUCGUCGAGCACCUCGACCAGUAGUAGCAGCAAGGUCCGCGGGGUGCCACAAAGUUUCGGCUACGUUAAAAGACAUAGUGCGGGCACUACUCCAAGUCCUAACGGCAUUCAAAAUGGCAGCAAGGACGCGACCAGGACGGCUCAAGUUAGCGCUGUGCCAAGAACUAAGGUCAAAGUGUCUGGUGGUACACAGACGUGUACUACGGAGCUGCAGGCAAACUCUUCGGGGUCCGGUCAAGGUCAUCACUACAAGAGCUACAGUCUCACCGGUCCCAGCGCAAGUCAGCUGUCGCAGUCGGUCCGGGACCGUUUGAUGUUGGGCUCUCAGAGUCUGCCGAAACCCGGGAGUCCGGAAUUUACUGCUCUUUUCUCCGCCCAUCAUCGCGAGAGAGGAGCUGGCGUUGGACCGACAAGCGCGUCAUUUUCCCCACGAGUGUUGAAACCAUCUGACGGCAGUCUCAGCGACACGUGUAGCAAUUAUGCUGCGCCUGAUCUUCAGGGCUACUACGGCACACCCAACAGUCCCUACACCACGUCAUGGAUGAGACACAGCAACACUUACACACCCAGUGGACGCUCUCAAGGGAUGGGGUUGUGCGAGGCCGACAGUGUGGAAUCAUUAGGAUCGCAUCGCGCCAGUUUGACACACGCUCGUCUCCUUAUGCAUCAGAGGGAGUCAACGGGAUCACCAGCGCCACCCAGACUGAACAGAAGCAACUCCAUCAGAUCCACCAAGAGCGAGAAGAUGUAUCCGUCGAUGCUGGCGCGCGGUAGCGGCACUUCGUCCUCGGUCGGUGAAGAAGUCGGAAUCGGAAUGGGAGUUGGAGUCGAACCGUAUUACAGCGUUCCUGUGGGAUCGGCGGGAUGCACUGGGCAGCACUGGUCCCAGCCAACGUCACCGACGCCCACGCACACAUCGCGACAACCACCUAAUCUGUAUCAGCACGUGCACAAGGACGAUGACAUUCAUGGUUCUUCGGUGUCUCUCGUAUCUACUACGAGCAGCCUUUACAGCUCGGCCGAAGAAAAGCAGGCACACGAAUUGAGAAAAUUGCGUCGUGAACUAUUGGACGCUCAGGAAAAGGUGCAUUCGUUGACCAGUCAGCUUUCUACAAAUGCACACGUAGUCUCAGCUUUCGAGCAAUCGUUGUCCAACAUGACUCAAAGACUUCAACAACUCACAGCUACGGCUGAGAAAAAGGAUUCCGAACUUCAAGAACUACGAGAGACAAUCGAGAGGCUGCGCAAGCAGAGUGCUGAGGCCGGAUUAAACAACGGUCCGGCCAAUGGUCGGCGACAUACCUUAGGCGAUUCCGAAUCCGCUACUACCGGUUGCACCGGCAGCAGCAGUAAUCAUCAUCAGGGCGCGUCGAUGGCUAGACAGUUGUCUGCGGACAGUGUAACGUCCUUGAAUUCACUGAGCAGCGCUUGCUCGGCCAGCAGCAGUCAUCACAAGAAAAAAGGCUGGCUGCGCAGCUCUUUUUCCAAGGCGUUCUCGAGAUCGCGCAAGAACCGGCACGGCUCGGUAUCCGAUGCUGAGGAUUGCAAGGAUAGUCCCGGUGGCGACAUGAGUGCUCCCAACAGUCCCAGACUCCCAACCGCGUCCAAACACGAGUCCGCGAGGGUUCAAGCCGCGAGAAGCAACGGACAAAAAUCUCCGGAUCACGAAAAUCCUCUGUCGGGAAGUAAGAGCAGCUCAGCUUUGUACAAAAAGGAAGAUGAGGAUGUGGACGAGUUGAAGAAGCAAUUAAGGGAAAAAGAUCUGGUGCUAACGGAUAUUAGAUUAGAAGCGUUAUCUUCUGCUCAUCAACUAGAAUCUUUAAAGGACACGGUCAUCAAGAUGAGAUACGAAAUGUUGAAUCUAAAGCAGAACAACGAACGUCUGCAGCGACUGGUGACCUCCAAGUCGCUCACUUCUUCACAGUCUUCUCUACCAAGCGACCCAGAUCGACGUUUCAGCAUGACUGAGGUGGCGUCAAGUGUCGCGGCACUGUCGAACGGUGACAUUAGCUCCACGGCCGAUCAACUAGAAGAUCUCAAUGUCGCGGUCGAACACACUGUGGUAUCGUCUAGUACGACAACUUCGGAACCAGUGCUUGAGCAAGACACUGACGGCAAGAGAAUCAACGUUGCUGUUUACCUCGGCAGUGAACGUAACUUCAACUACAAUUUAGUUACUGGCAGUUCCGCCGACGGUACCAUGGGCGAACCGCCUCACUGUGUGAUCGCCAACGUUUGUAUCAGCAACAAAACCAGUUGGGACGCGCUGGAUUCUACGGUGAGACGUUGCUUCAAAGAAUAUGUCUCCCGGGUCGAUCCCGUAACAAAUCUGGGUCUUGGUGUUGAAUGCGUUGCUGCAUAUCAUCUCGGCGAGGCUUCUAGGUGCACCACCGACUCACAGCAUCCUGAACUAUUACCCUGUGGCUAUUUAGUCGGCCACGUGAAGACUAUUUACUUGGUGCUAUCAGGCUACUCCUGGCUGGCGGUGGACACUCUAAUACCUCGCUCCAUUGUUCAGCGACUGAUCUCCCUCUUAACGGAACAUCGCAGAGUAAUUUUGUGCGGUCCAAGCGGUACGGGGAAGAGUUACUUAGCUGGAAAAUUGGCGCAAUCUUUGGUAGAUGCUGAUAAUGACACGAAGGACGCCGCUGCCAUCGCGACUUUCAAUGUCGAUCACAAAUCUAGCAAAGAAUUGCGUCAAUAUCUCGCUCACAUCGCCGAAAGAUGCGCUUCGAACGCCGCCGAACUACCGAGAGUGAUUAUUCUGGAAAACCUUCAACACGCGGCAUCCUUGGGUGAACUCUUCAGCGGACUUUUGGGAACCAAGCACUCCGUGUGUCCUGCUAUCAUUGGGACCAUGAGCCAAGCCACUUGCAGCACUACGAAUUUGCAACUGCAUCAUAAUUUCAGAUGGGUACUCUGCGCAAAUCACAUGGAGCCAGUGAAGGGAUUUCUAGGACGUUAUCUGAGAAGAAAAUUAUUGGAGCACGAAUUGCGCGAGUGUGCCGGGACGAGGAACGCGGAAAUGGCGGCGGUGGUCGAGUGGUUGCCGCGUGUGUGGUUGCAUCUGAAUAAGUUCCUAGAAACUCACAGUAGCUCCGAUGUCACUAUAGGACCACGUCUUUUCUUGUCUUGUCCGAUGGAAGUAGCCGGUUCUCAAGUGUGGUUUACUGACUUGUGGAAUUACUCGGUGAUACCUUAUUUGGUUGAGGCAGUCAGGGAAGGAUUGACACUGUACGGAAGACGCGUGAGCGGAGAUGGCAACAGUGAACCUACAUGGGAAGAUCCAGCGCAGUUUAUCACAUCCAGUUAUCCGUGGUUGUCGACGCACGCCGUGCACGGUGGCAGCGACGCUCUACUUCGUCUCAGACCUGAAGAUGUCGGUUACGACGUUGUUUCCAGCGGACACACUUCCGGCGUAGGUGCUUCUAGUGUCAAAAGUCUCGGAAGUACUCACAGCGAUACCGAGGGAGAUCCUUUACUUAACAUGUUGAUGAGAUUACAAGAAGCGGCCAAUUACUCGAGUCCACAUAGCAACGACAGUGAUUCGGUAACGUCUAUGGACUCGUCACACACUCGCCACUCGGAAGAUUUAAGCAGCUCGACGUCUUCAUCAAGAGGAGUGGAAUCGGCACUUUGAAUUAGUAAAAAAUAUGAACGACCUCUCAUCGCCGAAAGAUCAAUACAUAUACUUGCAUCACCCGCUCAAUAAAUUAAAGAUACUCAAUAAUUAAAGAUACUAAAAAUUAAGCAAAUUCGAAAUCAUUUCGAUCGCCGAAUUCAGGGAAGAGAAAGAGCGCGAAAAUUAUUAUUACUGCGAGCGUAGUAAUUAUAAAACAAAAUUAUUCUUAUCACAGAGAAACAAAUUAUCACAACGGAAUAUUUCUAAGAUUAAAAAUCGAAGAGAAGAAAAACUUUCUGGAUUACCAUUAAGCUACACAUUACUUUCAGGUCAAAGUAAGAUUUAAACAUUGACGAUAAUUCUUAUCGUUGCAAUAAACAUUGCAUAUUUAGGGCUCCUCUGAAUAAAAAAUGCAAUAAAAUGGAAAUUAAAGUCACAAAAAAAGCACCGGUUAUUAAACCGGUUUAGUUAAAACUGUGCGAUAUCAAUUAAAGUUUUGUAACAAACUAUAAGGAAAGAUGCCUACUAAAAACUGGCCUAGAUAUGUAAAAUUUUCAUACGCGUUUAGCAUCUAUAUAAGUGUGUGAUAUAUAUUAUUGUUACAUUAACGAAGAAAGCAGCAAAAACAAAAAAAAACCAACUUAAUCGAUGACUUCGAAAAAUAAAUGAAUUGAGAGAAAUUGACUAAGAUACAUAACACAUGAACUAAUAAAAAGUUUUAUACGUUAAAAGACUAGAAAAACAACUUUAAUUUUUUUUUCAACGAAACACAUGCUAAUGCUCAAGAAGAUUAAUUUUCUUUGGUAAACAUCAAUAUUCUCCAGAUAAAAAAUUUGUUAUUAUGUUUUAUUGCGUGAUGUUGCAGUAAAUAACUCAGAAAUAAUUGUGUGAUUUCUUAGAAAUAUGGACAGAAUGAGAAUUUAGAAUCGACCCCGUCAAUUUCUUUUGGUUCUGCGAGUUUUUUGAGAAGCGUUACGCGUGCAAUAAGCAGACGCGGUGCAAUAAUUUCCAUGCUGCCCUAUACAGAUUCUAUUUUGAUGGGACACAGUUUUUAUUCGCGAUGAGACGCGGAAUUGUAAUUCAAACAAAAAAAAAAAAAAAAAAAAAAAAAAAACAAAUCUCAUCGUUUGAUAUAUACAGUAUUAAUGACAAAGAACAGAAAAGAGAAAACGGUUUUGAGAGAGAACUGAGGAAUCUUCAGAGAAAAACAAAGAUUCUUCUUUCGUCCGACUAUUUUUCAGGUAAAAUUAUCUAAAACGCAGACGGAUCUCAAGAACGAAUAUUAUGUAGACAGCUCUCGCUCGUAUAGACAAAGAAAGAAUACACGAGCGAUCACGGUCUGUGUGCAGAGAUAGUUUAUUUAUACAUACUUUGCUACGAAAUCUCUAUUUAAGUAAAAGAAAAAAAUGUCGAUAUAUAAUAUAUGUAUAUGUAUACAAAUAGUAUGCAUAUGUAUGUGUGUGUAUGCACGCGCGUGAACACACACGUAUAUAUUGCAUACACACCUAUACCUGAACGCAGGAAAGAAAGGAGAAGCGCGCGCGCAACACAUAUACACGCGUGUCGCGCUACAUAUAUAUAUAUUUAUAAAUAUAUAUACAUAUUAUACAUAUAAAAAUGGAAUUUCUAAUUAGUUCGUAAGAUACGUGAAUAAUUCUGGUCAUGUAACGUUGUAAAUAUGAAGAAACACAAAGCGAGAUAGAUUAUGCUAGACGCGCGAAUUCGAUUCAAAAAGUCUCUCACGUACACACAAAUAAAACCCCCAAUAUCUCCUGCGACACUUUUACCUAAGAAUGUUUUCUUAAAUGUUCUUCGCAUUUGAAAUUAAGUUUUGUCUGUUAAAUCUCGCAAUUAGCGCGAUAAAAGCUUAAUUUCUUUGUUUCGGUUAUAUAUGUAUAUGUAUACGCAUAUACAGGGUGUCCCAGAAUUGCCGUACAAUCUCU